AAGUGUUUGGCAGUGUGUACAGUUUACAGUAGAAAGUGGUGUAUUUGUAAAUAUUACAUCAAUGUAAAUAUUAUCAAGUGUUUAGAAUCUUUUUUAUCGAAAGGUUUUCAUGUAAAGUGAUAGAGUUUUAUGUUGUUUUUUGUAGACAAUCGUUAAAUUUGUGAACACUGCACUAUUAAACGAUCAGGUGGUCGGCAUGGUGAUGGAGGCAAACCCGAUUUCUGAUACUCAUAGUGAUGAUCGAGUGCUUCGGCCGAGGGCGGGCGGUGACGUCAUGCCCGAGCGAUCCGUCAGCAACCUAGAUCUCGCCAUGUCCUACACAGCACCUUCUAACUUAGUGCUCACGCCAGCACCUGAAUGUCGUAAGCUGUCACGUGGUAUAUCUCGAGCGACAGACAACGAGGGUCUGGUGUGGGCACUGCGCAGCAACACCGAACCUGAACCCAGUACAUUAAGCUCCGAUCACAUAUUGCUUCUGCCAGAUAUUUCAGUAUAUCCACCUGAUUUCAGGAUAUUCAUCGAAAAAGAUUUACUAGAGACAGCAACUCUUGUAACCCUCGAAUCCGCUGGUAUUUUGAACUGGUGGCGUCACGGUCGCGUGCCGGGGACGCCCCGGUUACUGCCACUGGCGACGUCUGGUGACGGCAACUGUCUGCCUCACGCAGCCUCACUCGCUGCAUACGGCUUCCAUGAUAGACUACUUGCUUUAAGGACCAAAGUACAGGCAUUGCUGUCUGGGGAAGGUGGAGAAGCUUUAACCAACGCGAUAAAGCGUCGUUGGCGCUGGUCGGAGAGUAUAUCUCUGCGGGCGGCGGGGCUGACGCCCUCGGAGGCGGAGUGGGCGCGGGAGUGGGGCGAGGCGGUGCGUGCGGCGAGCGCGGAGCCCCGCCCGCGCCCGCCCGCCGCCGCCCCGCACUAUGACGGCCUCGAGCAGCUGCAUGUACUUGCGCUUGCGCAUGUCAUGCGACGACCGGUUAUAGUCUUCGCAGACGUCGCGCUACGGGAUUUCCGCGGCGACCCGGUAGCCCCGAUACCUUUCGGCGGUAUCUACCUGCCGCUGGAACUGGAGCCUGCGUGCUGCAGCAAAGCUCCCAUCCUGCUGGCGUAUGACGCGGGCCACUUCUCAGCGCUGGUGCCGUGCGAGCCGCUGCCCACUGACGGUGCCAGGGUACCGCUGGAGGACCAGACCGGCAACCCCAUGCCUAUAAGAUUCAACGUCGAUCCUGGAGAAGAUUUCCGUUGGGAUUCUGAACCGGAUCAAAAGACAAUAAACAAUCUUCUACCAGAUGAGUAUCAACGUUCAGCAAUGCUCUCCGCUUAUUUAGAUCUAGAACGAGUCGAAUGUCUGUCGCAGAGUCAGCCUUCAGAAGAACUGAGAAGAUCAUUAGAUGCAUUAUCCACUAAAAGUUCUAAACAAAUCAACUCCGUUGCUAAACAAUUCGGUAGUAUCGGCCGUUCUAUGAGUAGCAAGUUGAAGAAGAACUUCGGUUCUAUGGCGAAGUUGACAGGGAAGAGUAGUGGUAGUCAGAGUAAUCCAGAGGAAGGAUUGUUACGGAGACAGUCCACGUGUGAGGUGCUCUGCUGCAGAGUUCUAGCUGCGAGAGCUCCGGUGCAGGAAGAAAUGGUCAAGAAUUACCUUAACGAAGCAUGGAUAGGAUACACAGCAGAAAGGAAUCGCAAAGAACCACAAAUAAGUCAGCCCCGCUACGGCACAGGACGAUCACAAUUCUACACAGAAGCUGACAAAUCCGCUCACGAGACCGCCAGGUCUCAUGUAUCCAAAUCCAUGAAACCUGCAGCGGAUAGAACCCUUUAUCUAUCCAAGUCUACGUUCUACGACGACCGCCCCCCCUCGCCGAAGCCCUGCAGGGCUCCGCUGUGCAUGUACUAUGGAAGCCCUGCCUACAAUGACUACUGCUCCAGGUGUGCGAAACUACAGUGAGUGCUUCCAUUUUACAUUUUGAGGUUUUUUUUACUGUUCAGAGUAAUUUUUUUUUU